UGGCGGUCCAUGCAAACCACACUAUCGUAUUGGGUUGACCUGCCAAAUUUCACUAUGCAAUGCAUUCUGAAUACUUUAUUCCAGUGCUCGUCGCAGAAGAAGAUUCCGAGCUAGUAGUUAGCACAGGUAGACGGGGUUCGCAAGUGUCUUGUUGCUCCGCUGUGCAAGUUCUAACUUUCUGGCUCCUCCGAUCUAUGGCCCGCGUCUAAGCUCCCGAUCGCCUACACGGCCGAGACGUAUGUAGACGCAGUAUGCUGAGGACGGUGACAAUACCAUAAGGAUCCCCGGACAAUCGAACCAUGCCCAAUCGCCGCUCCUCACGACGCGUGCCCCCUCUGAAAGAAUCUGAUAUCGACCAUGAGAUAAAUCUCGUCGACCGCUCGGCCGCGAAACAGGUCGGUCGAGCACCAUCUCCGACCCCGGAGGGCGACGAUGGCGAUGGCAAUACUAUCCUGGACCAGCCCGCUCUGGCGUCUUCCGACAGUCAGGCCCCUCUCAGAGACGGCGCCGCGCCAAUCGGGAGGAUCGAAGAGGAACAAGACCAGCCUCGGAACGGGCACGCCUCACAUGAGGAGGAACGUCACGGGAGCACGGUCGACAGACCUCGUACUCCCACCGUUCAGCCCAGCACGCCCGCCGCCGAGGAACCUGGCCCGUCCGACUCUGCAGAACAACAACAACAACCACCACCGCAGAAUGGGGUUCACAUCUCACGGGUUUCCUCGUUGAAGCAGGUGAAGAAACACCCGCGCCGCCCCAAAUCGCCCGAGACAGCCAUCGACAUCUUGUAUGAAAACGAGCGCGGGGGCUUCCUUUGCGGUAUCCCCCUAUUCUCAGGCGCGGCUUUGGGAAAUCUCGACCCGCCGCCCUGGACAAACGCGAUACAUAGACCAUCGCCGACUGACAUCAGGACGGCUCAGGUGCCGGACCCAAGUUGGGAGUGGUCAUGGCCAAGCUGGCGUGUCAACCAUGAUGAUGAGAUCGACGCCGACCACGACGGCUGGGAAUACAGCUUCAUGUUCAGCAAGAAGUUCAGCUGGCAUGGGCCGAAAUGGUACAACAGCUUCGUCAGACGCAGGGCUUGGACUAGGCAACGGAUAAAGAAAGGCAUCGGAUAUCAGGCAAACGACCCGCAUCUCUUAAACCCUGAGUACUUCACUGUCGGCUCACCUACAGCCAAGAUGCAUUCCAGGCAGGGCAGUAGCGUGGGAGAUGUAGCGAGUAAACACACCAGCUUACUUGAGCCCGAGGAUGAUGGACUGGAGCAGAAGAUCGAGAUACAAGACAUCGACACACUCAUGGGCAUGCUCAGGAAGUCGAGGAUCGACCGCGAGAAACUCGACGCCGUGCAGAACUAUAUCGAGCACAGCACGGAUAACUUGCUCCACCUGCAGGACCACAUGCACGAGAUCAUGUCCAUCUUCAUGUUCCAGGCGAGUAGGAGACUCCUGCUGACGAGGCUGAUGGAGGUCCACGACGGCCAUGCGUACCAGAAGCAGAAGAUGUCCGCCUCGUCUGCGGACAAUCCCAACCCAGAGCCCAAACCGCCGACAAUGCGCAUCAAGACGCUGGAGGCAUCUGAAGGCGAUGACGAGUCGGCCAAGAAGCCUCACCCGAGCAUACCCCGGGAGCCGGAGACAGAGGAGGAGCGCAGGAAGCUAGGAGAGACGGCCGAGAACCUGGCCGCCGCCAUCAAGCACGCAGACGAGGAGGUGCGCCGGCUCGAGUAUUGGAGCGAUGUCAAAGGCAUGGCCGAAGGCGGCGAGGCGGCGGGUGCCGUGGACGACGAUAAAGGCUGGAAGGAGGGCUGGAGCGGCAUCGACAGGAGUGGUGGGAUAGGGGCCAACAAGGAGGAGCUGCCGCCAUCAUGACCCGGCUUUUCUUAUACGCGAGAAGAAAAAAAGACCCCCCCUUUUGCAUAACCACUGAUAUAGGCAUACUACAAUGGGGCGUUCAUUUUUAUCUUAAUUUUUUGUAUUCCCCAAGUCGCUGCAACAACAUACGGGAUUAUACCUACAGGUCACAUGAGGAAAAUUAUGGAAGUGCCCGUCCAAAGAUUUGAAGCCUCUUCUUCUUUCUUUUCUCUUCUUUUGUUGGAUGGUAAGGUGGCGGUGCGUAUUAUAUUACUCUUAAUGCGGGUUUUUGGGGAGUCAAGGAGUAUAGAAUACAUCAUCGCAUGACGAAGCGUUUUUGAUUUCAGCAUUCACAUACACACAUAUAUUACAUAUUACCAUUUACCAC